AAGCCGGUCUACGUGUCAGAAAUCCCGCCUAAACCCUUAUUGUGCGACAGAGAUAGAACUAGCCACGCCGGUGUGUUUCUCUUUUGCGCUCGAAGUCGGCCAUUUGACAGUGACGCCGGAAGCUUGGCUAACGUUGUCCGCGUGUUCGUGUAGUUUUAAGCAAGAAAUACAGUGAUAAAACACCAUGGAUCAAGCACAAAAUGGAGCUAACGCUAUCAAACCCGGUCUGGAUGAAGACAAGAAACUUUUUGUCGGCGGUUUGACGCUAGAAACCACCGAAAAAGAAAUCGAAAAUUACUUCGUCAAGUAUGGCCCCAUCCAAAGCGUCACCCUCAAAAUGAAUCCCCAAACCGGUAAGUCAAAGGGCUUUGCUUUUGUCGUGUUCAAUUCUCCCGAGACCGUCGAACAAGUCCUGGCUCAAAAAGAACACACCAUCAACAACAAACAAGUGGACGCCAAGAAAGCUAAAGCCAAACCCGGCAAAAUCUUUGUCGGCGGUAUCACCGCCGAAUUGACCGACGAGGACAUCAAAACCUAUUUCUCUCAAUUCGGCAAUAUCACCCAAGUCGAAAUGCCCUUCGACAAAACCAAAAAUCAGAGAAAGGGCUUUUGUUUUAUUACUUUUGAAAAUGAUGCCAUCGUUAAGGACCUCUUGAAGAAACCCAAGCAAACCAUAAAAGACAAGCAAGUGGACGUUAAGAAAGCAGCCACCCAACCAAACAACAUGAUGGGCCGAGGAGGCUGGGGAGGAAGAGGAGGCCGCGGUGGUGGUCGUGGAGGCCAAGGAGGCUGGGGAGGCGGAUGGGGUGGUCAAGGAGGCUGGAAUGACUAUGGUUAUGCAGGCUACGAUAAUGGAUACAGUGGUGGCUACGACUACUACGGUGGAGGCUAUGGAGGUGGAUACGGAAUGGAGUCAAGCUACGGCGGCACUGGUGGCGGCAACUACGGAGGAGGCAGAGGAGGCACCGGAAGAGGAGGUCGCGGAGGCGGUAGAGGUGGCCAGAGGCAUCAGCCUUACUAGCCAGUGUAUGUGUAGGUUUAAGUUAACUUGUGUGCGGAACUGAAUGUGCAUAGAGCAUUAUUUGCUCUUAGAACUAAUGACGUGUAAAAAAAGCAUCUUCCACAAUCUUAACGUUCAUUCUUGUAUUUUUAAGACAGGAUCUUAUUUGCUAUAGUUUGUUUUGUAUUAAUUUGUAAUAAUCUUAAGUAAACUUAAGAGUAUUUUUGUAAAGUAAAAUUCACACCUUUUUUUAUGUCAUAUUUUAUUUAAACAGGGUGAUACCGAUUUGAUAAAUGUUCAAAAUAGAUUACCUUACACUUUUAUAAAUUUAAAGAACCUCUUUAUUCUCAUUAUAAUAUAAUUAAUAAAUAAUCUCUCUAAAACUUU